CCCCUGCGGAGCGCUGAUAACGCGCUCGGGGUGAACGAUAACACAUCAGACAACGGCACCUAUUCACUCCUAUCGCGCGACAACCUCCGCCACGCGUGGAGUCCUGAGUGAAAACCGAUCUGUGGAAAAUUGGGGAGGAAAUAGCCUUCCCGGGAUCAGCGUGGCCGUAUAGAGUUACGGUGGAGGCCCCUCCCCCUGUCUGGCUCGCUCUUUUUUCUCAACCUCUCGGUUGGCUUUCCGAGAGGGCUCGAUCCUGCUCACGCUCAGACCGCUGAGAAAUAGCAGGCAGAAGAUGGCUGACUCGACCGGGCACGGUGAGCCCGCAACAGCAGCAGCAGCACCAGCAGCAGCAGCAUCAACUUCACUGGGGCUUCUCGCACGCCUGCCAUUCGCUGCCACUCCGCAACUCUGAAACGGCCCCGCCUCGCUCCGUGCCGUGCGCCCGCGGGGUUUUUACCCCCAAAUAUUGACAGAGAUUUAAAGAAAACAUGGCUGAGAUGGAGAAAGAGGGAAGACCUCCGGAAAACAAGAGGAGCAGAAAGCCAGCUCACCCCGUGAAGAGGGAAAUUAACGCAGAGAUGAAGGUCCCGUCCAAUCGGCCCCUCCCAGGGGCGGGGCAGGCAGGCAGUCUCCAUGGCAACUCGCCCUACUUGAUGAGUUUUGCUGAAAACACCAUGAAUGAGUUGCUUGGAUGGUACGGAUAUGACAAAGUGGAGUUACGAGACUCAGAUGACAUAGAGAUCCGCAACUACCCUGACGGAGAAAUGCGGCAACACAUCUCUGUCCUGAAAGAGAACUCUUUGCCAAAAGCAUCUACGGUGGAGAACAGCAGUGGUUCUCCUCCACACGCCAACAGCUCUGGCUCUACUCCGACGUCACGGAAUGGAGUGACAGCCGAGGCGUCUGCAAACCCCUCCUCCUCUAAGGAGCACGGAGGCCUGCCAAUCAUAGUGCCCUUAAUCCCGCCCCCUCUGAUCAAAGCACCAGCAGAGGAGGACACCUCUAAUGUUCAGAUAAUGUGUGCAUGGUGUCAGAAGGUGGGAGUGAAGCGCUAUUCUCUCAGUAUGGGCUCUGAACUGAAGAGUUUCUGUAGCGAGAAAUGCUUCGCUGCCUGUCGACGUGCCUACUUCAAACGCAACAAGCUUGGAUAUGUGAGGAAUUGCAGUGCCAGAGAGGAGGAGGGCGUUCCGCACCACAGCUUGUCCAAAGACACGCCCAGACUUGUCCUCAAGACAAACAGCGAUGUGCUUGUCUGCGAUUGGUGCAAACACAUCCGCCACACUAAGGAAUACCUGGAUUUUGGAGCGGGUGAAAGACGGCUCCAGUUCUGCAGUGCAAAGUGUCUGAACCAGUAUAAGAUGGACAUAUUCUAUAAAGAGACUCAGGCUGCACUGCCAGGGGGGUUAUGUAACCCUCCUCUUCCCAUGAGUGAUACAAAGUCAGAGAGCGCGGCGGGUGUACAGCUCCUUACACCUGAGUCCUGGAGCGCGCCUCUAAACGAGCUCCGCAGUCGCAAGGCACCUUCACCAGGGGGUCCCACCACUGUAGCCGGACCUUCUGGAUCCACCUCGGGGUCACCAUCUGAAACCGGAACUGUGUGUUCAUCCUCGUCUUCGUCGUCCUCGUCAUCAUCAUCUACGAAAAUCCCUACACCGCGGCCACAUGAAAGCCCUGCGUUACCGCCACCUCCUCCACCACCUUUAGCAGGUUUACAUCCAGCUCUGGGUGUGCCACCCGGCAGUCCGCCGAUGGUGAUGACACCCCGUGGGCCAGUCCCUCUCCCUCUCUUUAUGGAGCACCAGAUGAUGCAGCAGAUUCGCCCUCCGUUCCUGCGUCCCCCAGGCCCUAACAGCCCUCAUUCCAAUCCCAUGAUUCCUGGCAUUGGGCCACCACCUCCUUCUCGGACUUUGGGUCCUCCAUCAAGCCCCAUGCACCGCCCGCUCCUAUCCCCCCACAUACACCCGUCCUCCACCCCAACUCUUCCUGGGAACCCUCCGGGUAUGAUGCCCCCUCAUCCCGGGGGCCACAUGCCAGGCUUGCCUUUCCCCCCUGUUAACAUGAUGCCAGCUGGACCCAUCCCAGUUCCGCCUAUUAUGAAUAUUGGCAUACCUUCUCUGGCCCCCUUAGUGCCACCACCAACAUUAUUAGUGCCCUAUCCAGUGAUUGUGCCAUUACCAGUCCCCAUACCCAUUCCGGUGCCCAUACCAUUUAGUCCGCACGCUUCUGGUGACCGACCAGGAAAUGACGGAACGCUACCGAAUGCUGCGAGUGAGCGGAGUGAUUCAAAAGCACCGCCUCCAUUUUCUCAAAGCACCUCUAGAGGGGAGGGGAGGGACUUUCAGCAAGCCCCUCCCACAUCAGAUACACUUUCGCCAGGAUUUUCCAAACAGACAGAGCAGGGCAGGACAAAUGUGGCAGAGCUGAUGGUUAAAAUGGAAAACUCUGGUAACGGAAGCUCUGGGCACUCCCACAAAGACACACCAGCAGAUGGAGUCAUUGAUUUAACAACCAGUCGUCGCUCCCGACAACAGCUAGUUAUCCAGAGGGCUGUAACCUGUGUGCAGGUAAAAGCAGAGCCCGGGUUAAGCCCGCCUCCUGCAGGUUUGGGUGAACCUGAGGUAGAUGGGUCGCCCGGUACUAGCACAGGUACAAUAGAAGAUAACCACAGAGACAGUAAUGCUGGAAGCCCAUUGGCUAGUGUGGCUCUGCCUUGUGCCGACCCAUCCUACUGCAGCGGCACACCACCACUUUCUCAGCCAAUCACAUGCAGCGCCUCCACUUUUCCUAGCAACACCACCACAGCUAAAACUGAGCCUGGCUCUGCUACACCCUGCAAUGUGAUUGUAAAUGGGAGCUGUAAUGUGCCUCCAGCAGAGAGUUCCAUCAGAACACCUCCGUUAGAGCAGCGCCCUCUAGUGGACCCCUGCCGCAGGACUGCCGAGCCUGCGGGGUCCGAUCUAGAAGGAGAGGACCUGAAAGAGAACAGCUGCUUGGCAACAGAAAGGGACUCGGCAGGAAAGAGAAGCUCAAAUGACCAGUCUGCCAUUACCGUAGUAACAGGGGAGGACAAACCUCAGAGCCCUGAAGAUGCCCCAUCUGGUGAGGACCAUGCCUACGCCCUGCCCCUAAUGCCCAAACCCGGCUGUGUCAUUCAGCCCGUGCCCAAACCUGCUGACAAAUCUGCUGCCAUUUUGCCCUGUGGCUUGACAGCCCCAUUAACAGGAACUGUUCCAAUGGAAAUGGAGCCUCCGCUGAAGAGAAGGUGUCUGCGAAUCCGCAAUCAGAACAAGUGAAAUAAAGGACAGAAAUCAACAUCUCACCAAAGGGAUAAAGAGGACUGCACUGUAGCAGAGACCAUCAGCUGUCCACAGACUUCAUCCACAAUCCAGCCAAUCAAGACGUCAACCUCGUUUUCUCCACUUUUCCAAACCCGCACAUACACGUUGUGACCUAAGAUGCUCACAGAUCAUCCAGAUUGGGCAGCAGUCUGCUCCGUCUCCACCCCUUUCGGCUAAACAAAGACUGACACAAAGUGUUAAUCUGGGAAGUAGAUUGAACGUGAUGUUUGACCUUCAACUGCGACGUCUCCAGGCGUAGUCUGUUCUCAGUCUACUUGUUGAUGAAAGAGAUAUUCCAUUCGACCCCUGCACCCACGACUUGUUGAGAGGACUUUCCCCCCUGCCGGUUGGAGGCGGCAUUACAGUGUACAUAUACAGUUUUCCAAGAAGGCGGAGCUUAAGCCAAACACAAUAGGUCUGCCAGGCUGCCAAUCAGAUGUGCUCAUGAAUAACUCUAAUUUGGAACAGAGCCAGUCAAAUCCUGCCACAGAUGGAUGGACCAGUUUUCGCUUUGUGCGCGCAUUCAAAGAAGCUCAGUUUAAUCUGUACAUUUGGAGUCUGAUGCUUCUGAUUCAAUAGCUUCAGUCAGAGAGACGAAUACAGAUGCAGAACUGCUCUAAAAUAUGGACAGAAAACUCUGAAUGCUCUCUCCUCUCAAAUCUUUCUCUCGCUCUCCCCCUCACUUCCGUGUAUCAGUAUCUGCAACACCAGCAAAACACUCUGUACUCUUUCUUAACCUCUUUCCUUUCUCUCCUUUCUGAGGGAGAGGUGUUCCGAAACUGGACACCAAAAAAGACAGGAAGAGAGAAACGUACACACCCUGGAGGGAGUGCAAAAACAGAAGGAUGGAGUGAACUUUCAUUUCAUCCCUGGGAAGAAGCUGGAAACUCAUCCAUCGUUGGAGAAGAAAAGUAGAAGAUAAGUAGUCUGCACUACUGGAGAACAGUGUUUGUGGAUGGUUUGCUGGUUUAUUGUGCAAUGAAACUCACUGAUUUGAUUGAGGAUUACAGGGUACAGCCCUCACCAGGCAUUUUGGCGAACUGUUAAAAUGGCCGCUAGCUUUGCGGCCACUGGCUUGGAGACUGUCCCACCCAGUCUGUUUAAUCGCACGCGCUCAAGAGUCGGUCUAACACUGCUGGUGGGUUGUGUACACACUGUCCUGAUGUAUCAGAUGGCUCAGAUGGAAAUCAUUGUCCACGGGGGCAUUUGAGUUGGAUUUCUCAUUAUUUCUAUCAGUAUCCAUCUUAUUGCGGUGCUCUUAUUUAAGAAAAAUCCCUCCUGGGUUUCCUAUCGAGAGUACAAUCAAAACCAGUGGAGAGGUCAGUAAGUGUCUCGGGCAGCUGUGAGCUGGUGUCAAGGGUGCAUUCUUGAGUUUUUUUUCAAGCUUUCUUUUUUCGCCAAAUCCCAAUCAGUGCUAAAUUAUGUUCAUUACUUCCUUUCCAGCUACGGUUACAGGAACGAUUUCAGUUAGUUCCAAGGUGCCUCAGUGUAGAGCUCACUUAACACAAGAUGCCAAGACCAAGAACAUUUUGCUUAAAGGUAGGCUGGGUUGGUUAGGUGGACAUAGAGCCAAAAUGAUUUUAGUUACACUGAGUACUGUAAGAGCUGAAUGCAUGGUUAGCACCUGUGUGUAUAGGUUAUUUGUUUUGACUAAAGUGGAGGAGUGAACCCUAAAGCCAAGCGUGUGUGUGUGUGUAAGCAGGAGAAGGUGUAUCAGAUUUCUGGCCAAAAUAGAGUUCAGUCUGACAAAACAUUCAAGUUUGCCAAUUUAUUUUGGGAGAAGGUCUAAAAUUCAAGUCAAAAAUUUGUCAAUGCGUCGGAAAACACAAGGAGGAUGAAAAAAAAAAUUACCCACAUCCAAAAAUACACAAUCUGAUGAGUACUGAGUAUUCUCUGAAUGGCAAAAUUUAAGUCAAACAUAAAAAGAGGAACUAAAUCUAAACAUGACAGCAAAAUUUCAGACCAGACUAGUUUUUCAUUGUAAUUUUUAAAAUUAUAUUUAAUUAUUAGUUUUCUUUGCUUAUUUAUUUUUGUUUCAUUUCUUUUUUAUUAUUAUUUUUUUUAGUUUUAUCCUUUUUAUUUAACUUUUUUUUUUUACUGGCCAACACUGACCCAAAUCUCCCCUUCAACCUUUACCGCUUCUCUCUCUCCCUCUUUUCCCCUCUGUUUUUUUUCUCUCUGCUCCUGGACGGCGUACAAAGAAGAGUGCAAUCCUACCCUAUCCCUCUGUACUUUUUGCAGCAGGAUUCAGUUUCACAGUGGUAUAUUUUUUUAAGAGUAGGCUCAGAGGUCUAAUUGUGACUGGUUAGAGUAAGGACUGGAUUUCUCUCUGGGGUUCGUAUGUGGCGGAGUCUCAUUCCAGUGUCAGAUUUAAACACACACACAGACACACACACAUUCCUGUGUCAGAUUUAUUUUGUCAGUGCUGAUACGGCUGGCUGACCCUCCGUCUGAAUGGAGGUGUUACAGAAAGCAGAUUGAUAAAAAGGGCAAAAUGUCAGAGAAGCAUAAACACAAUGUAAAUGCUCAGUCCCUGUGUUUGGUGUGUGUGUGUGUGUGUGUGUUUAUGGGAGAAACAGUGAAUCUCAGUGUUGAUCUGGGAAUCUUGAUACUGUGUGUGCGGCACAACCAAACGCACAUUACAUGUCUGGAUUGGUCGUGAGGAGCCAGCAACAGCAUCAUAUGUCGCUUUCAUUAUUGACUCGAAUUUCCUCGCUUUUUCCCUCUCUCUCCUCCUCCUCUUUCAUACUCAGCCUUUUACUUCUCAAUUCUUCUUUGUUUUCACUUAUUCUCUCCAUAAUUAGUAUUUAGUAAAGUUAGUAUUUCAAAUAUGCCAUAGUGAACACUACAUAUGGAAGCCUUUUCCACCUCAGAGUAUAAAAUAAAAAAUGUAAUUGUGAGAUAAAGUUUAAAUAAGAACAAGUCACACCAUGAGAUAUAAAGUCGCAAUUCUGAAAUAUAAUGUCUCAACUGCAAAAAAUAAAGUCUGCUUUGUAAGACAGACUUUAGCAAUUUAGCAGUAGCAAUUUUGAAAUAAUGAAAUUUAAAAUUACAAUUGGGAAACAGUCGCAAUUGACCGUUCACAGGGAGUUUGAUUGACAGGUGACCUGACCAAUCAUAACGCUGACAUUUGCCAUUUUUGUCUGACAAACAAACCAGACAGGAGAGUAGAUUAACGUCGGUGGACUUGAAAAUUGUGCAUACUGACGUCUUUCCACAGUUGGGACAAGUUACUGUCUGCUAUUCAUUCAUGUUUAUUUUAUGCUAUAACUAGUAGUAAAGAGGAAGAGAUGAUCGGUUCCCACUUGAACUGAGGUGCUACAGCGAUGUCACAACACAUUAAAAAGCCACAAAAAGGUAUAUAUUGUUUGAAUUUCUUUACAAGAUGCUAAAAAAGUUAAGACUUUGUCACAUACCUAAAGUAACCUGCACUGUCUUGUCUGUCGGCAUGUUGUCAGUUUCCUCCGCGAUGUAUUUUUCACUGUGUGGCGUGAGAGUGCCAUGGCUUGUCGGACCUAGCAACAUUAAUGAAGGGGGGGUGCGUCUUUGCGAAGGGUCCUGAAAAAAAAUAAGACUGGUCACCAAGACAGAUUAAAUUAUUCUCUCUGACCUAUACAAUUUUAUUCCCAUUUCUCUCUCUAUAAUAAUGUGUUCUUAAAAGAAGCGAUUACAGCUGUUUAUGUUGAUUAAUAGGGUGUAUGAAGGACAAUUUAAGGUCACGUCUUACUGAAAUCACUCUUCGUACAGCUGCACACACCACCCAAACACCCAUUACUGCUUAUCUCACAGACAUGAAAUAUGAUUUUUUUUCAUUUCCCUGUGUGUAUGUGUGUGUGUGACCUUGCUGUUGUAACCGGAGCAGCACAGACUGGGUUGGGACAGAUAUAGCCCUGAAACCCAACACUGUUGUAGUGUCUGCGGUCCCACGCAGACAAGACAAUGACACCAGCAAAAACCUACGUGUGUGUGUGUGUGUGUGGGACAUAGCAGAUGAAGCUGUCCUUGACAACAACAGAGAGACACUGUGUGUGUAUGUGUACAUUGUAUGGGAGAGAUAGUCAUUGCACUUAUGGUAAACACUGUAAAACUGUGUGUCAACUAUUAUAGACGGCCAUAAGACAUUUUAUUUUCUGGAAUAAAGUUCCAGUUAACUUUUGAAAUUUGUUAAGGUUGUAUUUGAAUUGCUGUCCAGUGCUUUCUAAAUGACAUGAUGGUGAUCCAGAGUUUUUAGAGUGAGAAAUAUCCAGUUUGUCCAUAUCAGGGUUGCCAGAUCUUUUUAUAAAAGAAAACAACUUGCCCUGAACAAGCCCAAAAUAAGCAAUUUGUUUAACUAAAAUACACCAUAGUUCAAACGUUUGGGGUCAGUAAGGCACAGUAAAAAAUACAGUAAAAACAGUAAUGUUGUGAAAUAUUAUUACAAUUUAAAAUAACACUUUUGUUAUUUUGUUUAAUAUAUUUAAAAUGUAAAGUAUUCCUGUGAAAAUUCCAUGAACUGACAAACUAUUAUUUUAGUCUUUAGUGUCACAUAAUCCUUCAGAAAUCAUUCUAAUAUUUUGAUUUGGUGCUCAAGAAUGAUGUCUAAACAGUUGCUGCUAACAUUUUUGUGGAUUUUUUUAGGAUUUACAAAACAUCACAGACUUCAGGAUAAACAGAAUUUCUUUGAAUUAAAAAUCUUUGGAACAUUUUAAAUGUUUAUGUCACUUACAAUGAAUUUAAUGCAUUCUUGUUAAAUGAAAUGUAAUUUUAAAAAAUCUUACUGACCUCAAAAUUUUGAAAUGUAGUGCAAGUCUAAAAACAAGCGAGGUUUAUAUGAAAAACAAAAUAACAAAAACAGUCAUGUGGAAACACUUUGUGAUAUUUACCAACUGCUGCUAGUGGUCGGGUCACAAUUCCAUGCCAUUGGGGGGCAAAUACAUACAUAAUUUUGGAAAUAAUCCCAAAACAGUGCAACCCAUAUUUAUAAGCAACUUCAUAAAAAAGGUCAAAGUUGCUUAUAAUCAAAGGACAUGGCAACAUUAGUCCACUAGAGGGAAGUGAAGUGUUCUGUCAACAAGCUCAAAGAUGGACAGAUGAGAUACAAAGAGUUAAAAUGAACUGAAAUAACAAACCAUAGCGCUUGAGUGCAAUACUGUAAUCCAAGAGCAUUUCAAAGGAUCUACUAGAGAGGCGCCUGUUUUAGUGGCCAAACUGUCUUUCAGCCCUGAGGCUGGAUACAGAAAAAGCACUUGGCUUUUUCAUUCACCAAAAUUAGUCGUUCUGAAUGUUUGGAGGGCUUCUGUUUAAUCAGACAGGGGGAACAUGAGCCCUUCUGUGGCCAAAGAUCAGCCACACGCACAGAACCAAGAUGGAGAUGCAGAAACCCAUACACCCCAACUCAAAUACCAGCAAAACCAAUCAAUCAGUGCAUCCCUCAUCGAGCAGUGUUAUACAACUCAAACGGAACAACAAUCACAGCAAUGUCAGCUCUACUGUAAUGAUGUAAAAUCAAGAGAAACUGGAAAAGUAAGGGGCAGCUUAGAUGUGAGUUUUCAACAUUGAUAGUGUGACAAAGGGGUCUGAAAUAUCGCGACACUCCUGUAGCCAUGUAAGAAAUGUUUUUUUUCCCAUCAUUCCUGUGGGUGGUAUUAGGAGGAUGGCUUUGUCAACAGCCGGAAUUAUGCAACAACAAAUUCUUAUAUCUGCACUCUGUGUGAGAGGCACUAUGUCUGUGUAAAAUAUCAAGAGCAAACUGCAGUUUUUAAGGAUCUAAUGUUAAAAGUUUUUUGAGGCGAACAUUUGAGCUGCCUUAAUUCUUUGUGCUCUGUAAUUAACAACGCCUGCUUGUUUAAAAAAGCAAAACUCACUUUGUAAAAAAAAAAAAACAAAAACACACACACACACACACAAAUAAUAAAAUCAACUUUGUUAUCUGGCUAGUAUGGAUGUAUAGAUGCUUCGUUUGUCAUGUAUGAAUCCGAGAUUUUGCUAAAUUUGCCCUCUCACCCGCCCAACCCCUUUCACCAGAAACCUUGUACAUUUACCCUUGUUGUUGUUUCUCAAUCUUUUUUGUGUACUUGCAGAACAUUUUAUAGUAUUAUUUAUUACUGGCAAGCCUUUGCAUUAUUAAAAAGCAAGAGAGAUGGUUCUUUGAACAGGGUAGCAAGAGGCAGCAAAGCUGCUCAAUGAAAAGUAUGUCUGUUUUUGUUCGUUUAUUUUUUUUUUCUAAAUUAAAGAAGGAAACGGCAAGAGUAAAAGAAAAAAGAUAAACUUGUCUUUUGAUUAUGAAGUUGUUAUAAAACUUGUUGCUUUAAAAUGUAUAAUUUUUGUGUUGUAACAGUAUUUGUUUAACCCAGUGAAUUGCUUAUUAAAAACAAAUAAAUAGA